CAUUUCAACAGUCCACGAAGCAUCGCCAUGAGUUUCCUUAAAAUAUGUUCUUUGAUUUUGGUUUUCAAUGGAUAUUAUGCUACAGCCCAAACCAAAAAAUACAUUUGCAAUUUCGAAAACGGCCUAUGUUUGUUUCUAUCAAAUGUAAAAAAUAACAAGGAAAACUGGAGAAUCGGAAAGGGAAAGCUAAAUGCGGCUGAUACCGGUCCAUCAGUAGAUCACACGACUGGAACCGCAAAUGGCACCUAUCUCUUUGUAAACGUGAGUGCGGCCAAGACGAACGUGGUUUCACUCGAAACAGUGGCCAUAAGAAAGGACUAUUGCGUUCGAUUCUUCUAUCACAUGUACGGUGCGGACAUCGGUUCUCUAACUGUCUCAACUCAGAGUGUCCAUCAAGCAUCUGACACCAAGAAGUACUUCUACCGGACGCGGACGCAAGGAGACAGAUGGAAAGAGGCAUUUUUUACCGCUUCGGAAUCGGGCACCAUGAACCUGAAAGGCUACAGGAUUGUUUUCACGGCAAAGCAUAACAUAGCAUCCUCCGUACUAGGUGAUAUAGCUUUAGAUGACAUAGAACUAACACUAGGGAAAUGCAGAGAUACAAAGAGUGACGUUACUCAACUGUGCACUUUUGAUGACUACGACUGUGGUUACUCUGCUAGCAAGAUAAGCUCAUUGAGGUGGGAGUGGAAAACGCUAAAACAUGCAACCACCUAUUUCAAAAAACAACCAGAGAAUGAUCAUACACUUGGAACCUCUUUCGGAGGCUACUGGUACGUUGGUGCCAGUGGUUCACUGUGGCGGCUCAUUUCCUCCAUGCAGACAGCCAUGCUAAGUAGUUCUGUGUACAAGAAACCAAAAACGGUUCAAAACUGCCUGCAUUUUUACUACUACAUCGAUGGUGAGGGAACAACAGGUUGGCUUUCGGGAGGAGUCAAAGAAGCUUACUUACAAGCUUUCAUUAAUUUUCCGAACUCUACAAAUGGACGAAAAUGGCUCAUAACGAAAGCGAAAAAUAUUACAAAUCACAAGCAGUGGACGCGCGCAGAAGUUAAAGCAGACAUACCAGACGAUUUCCAGUUUGAGUUUGUUUCUGGCAUAGACAGUCAAUCAGAAGUUUUACUCGCAAUUGAUGACAUACAACUUGUAACAGGAAAUUGUCCGGAAGCCGGCUUCUGUGAUUUCGAAGAAGACAAGUGCACUUGGAAAGACGGUCUAAGUCGCUAUAACUGGGUUCGUAAGAUGGGAAGAUCCGGAACGAACAGCGAAAUUGGUCCUAGCGUCGAUAAUACUCUUAAAACUGCUAAUGGCAAUUACGUAGUUUUUAGCACAAAGAAUAAAAGCCCAGGAUCCGAGGCAGAUCUCGAGAGCGAAUUUUUUCCGCCUAACGACAAGGAAAUGUGUUUGACAUUUUUCUACUACAUGUCGGGAAAAGAUCUGGGAAAUUUAAAGGUUCUGAGGAGGGAAGAAAAUAUUACAGAAACAACUUUGUGGUCAUUGUCUGACGAUCAGGGUAAUAUGUGGAAGAGAGGAAUGGUGGUGAUGAAACCCAGCAUACUAUACAAUCAGGUCGUGUUCAGAGGUGUAACAGGUGGAGCAAAAAAGGGCUUCAUGGCCCUCGAUGAUAUUCGAAUUAGAACUGGUGAAGAAUGCGACCUCCUUCCGCCCGAAGCAGAUCCACGUUUGGAAGAUCCUUGUUCAUCGAGUCCUUGUCUGAACAAUGGUAGCUGUAGUGUCAACGGAAACAGUUUUAAGUGCUACUGUCUAAAUCCAUUCUUUGGAGACAGAUGCGAAAAUGAUCCUUGUUCAACGAGUCCUUGUCUGAACAAUGGUAGCUGUAGUGUCAACGGAAACAGUUUUAAGUGCUCCUGUCUAAAUCCAUUCUUUGGAGACAGAUGCGAAAAUGAUCCUUGUUCAACGAGUCCUUGUCUGAACAAUGGUGGCUGUAGUGUCAACGGAAACAGUUUUAAGUGCUCCUGUCUAAAUCCAUUCUUUGGAGACAGAUGCGAAAAUGAUCCUUGUUCAACGAGUCCUUGUCUGAACAAUGGUGGCUGUAGUGUCAACGGAAACAGUUUUAAGUGCUCCUGUCUAAAUCCAUUCUUUGGAGACAGAUGCGAAAAUGAUCCUUGUUCAACGAGUCCUUGUCUGAACAAUGGUGGCUGUAGUGUCAACGGAAACAGUUUUAAUUGCUCCUGUCUAAAUCCAUUCUUUGGAGACAGAUGCGAAAAUGAUCCUUGUUUAUCGAGUCCUUGUCUGAACAAUGGUAGCUGUAGUGUCAACGGAAACAGUUUUACGUGCUCCUGUCUAAAUCCAUUCUUUGGAGACAGAUGCGAAAAUGGUAAGAUUCUUGUUCAUCGAGUCCUUGUCUGA